ACUAUGCGUCAUCAAAACAAGAUUAGAGUGUGAUGGUGAAAAAACAUAAGGCAUUAAUGAUCCUUAAAAUGACAUUCAUUUUCUUGGUUUGUUAGUGAAAAUUGUUCUUCUAAUCUAAUACAUAGUUAAGGGUUUGGGAACAGAAAAAUAGCCUGGUACACUUAUCCGAGGCCAAGAGACAUUGUGCUGGAACCUCGAUAUUGCCUGUUGACAACAUCCGCAGGAGAGAGUUGCGCUAGCCGAAAAGGCUGUCUGUUUCUAUCCGGAGAGGACAGCGAUCCCAACUGACGCGGCUCGGGCGAGCGGCGGGUGUCCGGCAGGAGACACGGGUAGCAGGAUAGGGAAGCAAGGGGAAGAAGGCGCCGUGGGGUUGGCGGAGAAGAUGGCGGCCAGCCCCGAGAAGAGCGCCUCCGCUCAGGAGCUGAAGGAGCAGGGCAACCGCCUCUUCCUUAACCGCAAGUACCAGGAGGCUGCUGUCUACUACAGCAAAGCCAUCAACCGGAACCCCUCUGUAGCAGUGUACUACACGAAUCGGGCACUGUGCUAUGUGAAGCUGCAGCAGCAUGACAAGGCCUUGGCCGACUGCAAGCAUGCACUCGAGCUGGACAGCCAAUCUGUCAAGGCACACUUUUUUCUGGGACAGUGUCACCUGGAGAUGGAAAACUAUGAUGAGGCCAUUGGCAAUCUGCAGCGAGCUUAUAACCUGGCGAAGGAGCAGAGGUUGAAUUUUGGCGACGACAUCCCUAGUGCCCUCAGGAUAGCCAAGAAGAAGCGCUGGAACAGCAUCGAGGAGAAGCGCAUUAACCAGGAGAACGAGCUGCAUGCCUAUCUGACCAAACUCAUCCUGGCAGAGAAGGAGAGGGAGCUGGAAGAUUACCGCGAGAAACAAGAGGACGGUUUGGAAGACAACAGGAGCAGGAAUGAAAUGGCGAAGAUCCAAUCAAAACACGACAAGUACCUGUCGGACAUGGAUGAGCUGUUCUCCCAGGUGGACGAGAAAAGAAAGAAGCGCGAGAUCCCAGACUACCUGUGCGGCAAGAUCAGCUUUGAGCUGAUGAGAGAGCCCUGCAUCACCCCCAGCGGGAUCACGUACGACCGCAAAGACAUCGAGGAGCACCUACAGCGAGUUGGACACUUUGAUCCCGUUACCCGGAGCCCGUUGACCCAAGACCAGCUGAUCCCAAACCUGGCUAUGAAGGAGGUGAUAGACGCCUUCAUCCUGGAGAACGGCUGGGUGGAGGACUAUUGAUCCACCCCGAGUGCCCGAGAAGGAGAAUCCAGUGCAUUUUUUUAAAAAGCACGGAAAGAUGAACCAGAGACGAAAACAAACCCGUACGCCCUCCUGGAUUUGCACUUUAAACGCAGCACCCACACAGCAGACUGCCAAACAGGAGUGCGGAGACCUGACUGUGACUUUCGGCUGUUCUGGGCUGUUCCCUCCCUUCCUCUCGGUCGGUUGGUUUCGGCUGGCCCCCUCCCAGCCUACCCCCCCCCCCCACAGCACUCAAAUCUUUGGCCCAGACAGUCCCUUUGCCAGUGUUUCCUCAUGGCUUUUUCUCCUAUAGUACAAAUGCAGCAGACCUGUUCUGUGCUGCUCUGGCCAUUUUACUCUCUCUCUUUUUUUCUUUUUUUUUUGGUAUAGUUUGUGAUAUUUUUUUUUUUAAUCGAUUUGAAUUUUUGAGAUUUUAUUUACCAAUUUAUUGCUGAGUACUAGUCUCAGUAGUUAUCUUCAAAAGCCAAAAACAGAUCCAAAUUACUUGGCAAUCAAAUACAGUAAGUGUUAUGCAGGACUUAGAAAAACCCCGAAAAAACAGAGCAAGCUUUUAAACAGAUUGUAGAAGUAUAUAAAUGUACAAGUGCAUUAUGCGAUAGUAUGGUUAAUGCUUUAUCCACAGGGCUGUGGGUAAUGUGUGCAAAGAGCAGUUAGCGCAUGUUGGGUGGUACAUUCCCACGACCUGCCAUUAAGUUUCUACUAUCACGGCUGCUGUGGGCCUCUACAUGAGCAGCCAUGAUGGUCCUCUGCACUUGUGACUUCAUUUGUCUUUCAUUGGACAAAUGUUUUUGACCCAUUAUGAAGAUGGGUCAAGAGUCUUGAUUUCACCAAGCUGAACUGCCCUUCUUGGGAGUACAUGGUGUGAAGAUGCUUUUUGUUGCUUCAUUUCAAACAAGUUUGGGUUUCGUAUGUGUCUGCAAAAUAUUGAGGAAUGUUUCUUGAGGAGUUGUUGUGCCUGACCUGGACUUGCCUGGCCCUCAGUAGUCCCUAACUGUGUGGGAAAUUAGAGGAAUAUUACAAUAACACGUGUAAGAUUUGAUCCAUAGCUGGGACAGGGUGAAGAUGGCCCUUCGCAGCAUAUUGUGUUGCAGAGUUCCCUGGGUUGCAGUUUCAGUAACUGUCGAUUCUUCUGCUCACGUGGCUGUUAAACAAUCAUCAGUCCCUCACGUUUUUCAAAACUUCAUAUUUCAGACUAGAAAAAAUUCCGAACUUUCACAAUGAACUGAACAUCAUUUUUGUCUGGAGCGGUAACCAAUCAUAUUGAUCAUAGUUUUCAUAUGUAUAUUUUUUACAUAUGGUUUACCUGAUAUUAUGCUGGGCCACAAAAUACUGAUGUGGUUCUAAGCAAUAGGUGAUUUGUUUGAUGAUGGCAACAUGACAGUGAUAUUUAUCAUAAUAGUUUGCUAUAGUUUACUUUUAUGUAUUGACGUUUUUCCUGUACAUGAGUAGUAGACCCGAUGAGGCUGUUGUAAGGGGAGGUUCAAGGUAUUCACAUUACUUUGGAAAAUUAGUGGUUGAUGGUAUUGAAAAUACUUGCUGUGAAUCACGUCCAUCUGUUACAGAUGCUGAAUUAUUAAAAUAAAAAAUCAUAGUUAACCUUUUUUUGUGAUUUGCCUCUGCUUAAAUCAUUCAGGUGGCUUUUCUCUUUAUUCUUUUCAAAUGCAUCAUUUGAAAGAAUUUCUAUCCAAGACGGUGUUAUUACAUUGUGUACACAUUAAAAUUUCCAGUGUUAAGUCAGUAUUAAAAAUGACUCUGGGCAUUGUGGACUCGUAUAACAGUUGGUUUAACACUGAACAUUUUACUGUGUAUGAGAUUGGUGUAAAUGCUGGAUGCAUGUAUGUAUGUCAAUCCCUCUCUAGACUGUAGAAUCAAAGGAUCAAACUUAAUGGCAACAGUAAAUAUCUAAGAUUAGUCAUAUUCUAAGUUUCUUCUUAGAUUGAGACAAUUUCUGUUUGCUCAGCUGUGUUACAGUUUCAUCAGAAGGAAUGUCAGCAUGUUGACUCCUGCCUCAGUAAUAGCUGAGCAAUUCAGUUAGAGGAGUGAGCAUGAAAUGGCUGGUUCACUGCAAGUGCUGCUUAAAUGGCUAGUUAACGAAUGACUAUAAAUUGUUAUAUUUGAGGGUGGGUAUAUUUAAAGACAUUUGGGUAACACUUUACAAUAAGGUUACAUAAAUUUGCAUGAACUAAUGCAGUUGGUGAUUAUCUCCUGAAACGUUAAGCUGUUCAGCUUUGUUUAUGUAUUUGUACAUCAUGAAUACAUGCUAACAACUUCAUUAUUUCAUGCCUAUUCAUAUUGGAAUGAGAACCAGUUAAUUUAUCUGUUAAUGCUUUACUAAUUGUAUGUUUAACCUAUGGUUUGCCAAUGUAUAAAGAUUCAUGUUACCAAUAGAUUAGUUAGGAGUUAAGAAAUACAUUAAUGAAAAGUGAAUUUUGUGCUUAAUUAAUGCAUUUGUAAAUCAUUCAUUAAUGUUAACUACGUUAGUUAUUGCCAAUUCAUAUGACCUUAUUGUAAAUUGUUACCAAUAUUUGUUUCACAUUCGUGUCAUGAAUGUAGAUACAUUCUCUGUAUAGUGUAUCUGUAAUUCUCAUUGUUUGACAUCUAUCAACUCUCAGCAGUUGUCUUCAUUCUCAAAAUGGCUGUUGUUGAUCACGUUAUGUACCAGUAUUGUGGCUAUGCAGGACAUGUCCAAGUUUUUUGAGCUUAAGAUGCUUUUCUGCAGCAGACACCAUGACUGAAGUGGCACUUCUUUUUAAGCGGAUAUUUGUAGUAACCUUACAUAGCUACUCAUUAGAUAUGAGUCGGCAUAAUUUAUUUUGCUCAAAAUAAAAAAUUGCUGGGUUCAGUCUUCUCACCUACAGUAUUUUCCAAACGGAAACUUUAAAAUUGAAUUUUGUAGAAAACUUGGCCAUUUUCGUAAUAAUACAGACAGAUAAUAGGUUGCUUAUGUCCUGACGACCUGAGUGGUUGGACUAGUUUUUUUACUGUGUAAAUUUCAAUAGUUUCUCUCAUGUAUAUGAAAACCCUGUAUACACUCUUUCAAAUUCAUGUUUCACCCUUUAAUACUGGUAGGUGGUGGGAUUGGCGGCGUUGUCACCAAUUCUGUUGAUUGUAUGCAUUUUAUUUACUUAUCUGUGUGCAUUUGUGUGUUAGAAAGAUGAUUUUCAGAGUUGAGGCAUUGUACAAUUCAAAAAAAUAAUCUCAGUGCUGCUCCUCAAAUCAUGUUAUAGUUUUCAGUAACCUCUCUCUUUCACAACUUCUUCUUGAACAUCAUCAGCAUUAAACAUUGGAAGUCUCCCUGGAGAAAGUGUGGUAUGUGGUAUAAAACAGGGUGCUUUUAGUGAUCGAUGUGUGUAUGGUAUUUUUGUAGUCCUUGCUGUAAAGCCAGCAGAACUGUGGUGUUGGUGUGCUUUCCUGCUUUUCCGGGCAGUCCUGAUAUUCAGGGGUCAUUUGGGUUAACACUGAAUGUUCUGCAAUCAAAGUAUGAAUACUGAGAGCGUUGUCACCCUCUUGACAGCAAGUUCAUAUAUAAUAUUAGACUCAGAAUGGCUAGCAAAUAAAGACAAUUUAUUUCAAAGUUU